AUGAAGGGAGCCGUCGCCUCGGGGCAGGCCGCUCCGCCUCAGGAACAGCAGCAGCCGCCGCCUCCUCCUCCUCAGCGCCUCAGGGCGGUCCGGGACUCUCCAUGGACUCCCGGCCGGGACAAUACGAGCUCGCCCGAGACGGCGCGCGCGCGCCCGGCCCAGAUAUUUCCCUCCCAGCCCGCGCCUCAGCCGCGGCGCACGCAUGCGCGGACCGGAAGCCGCGUCGGCUUGCGCCGCGCGGGGCCUGCCGGGAGCCGUAGUCCCGGCGCCCUGAGAGGGAAAAGAGCGAGCCGGCCGGCCAGUGAGGGAAACCAGCGACCCACCCACCCGCCGCCUCUCGCCGCCUUCGCCCGCUCCCGCUCGCCCGUUCCGCGCAGCCGCCGCGGCCUCGCGCUCCUCCUCCUCCUCGCCCGCCCCUCGGCCAGAGCGGCGAAGAGCAGCGGCGCGAAGGAGGAACUGGACCAUUUUGCUCUGCCAGCGAUGUUCUCCCUGAAUUCAUGUAGAAGAGGUGAGUUGGCACGAUGAUGACAUUGGCAGUGGCCGAAUCAACUGCAGAACUUGAAAAAGAGACCCCAAGCAGGGCAGGAGUCCUCAGAACAAGGCUAGUGGUUUGUCAUGGACUCCAUGGUGGUCCUGUGAUGGGAGAGGAACACAACAAAAUUACCUUCCUGUCUGCAUCAGAAAGGCUCGACCAUGGCUGGUUCCUUUGAGACGAGAGUGGCAAGUUAUGCCUUUAGCCUGACCUGGCAGGCUGCAGGACAAAAUGUAGAAAUUAAAUGCUGUUAAAUGCUUUUAUGUUGCUUAAUAAAAAGUUUUGUGACUUCAAAUAA